GAGUUGCAAACUGAAGCCACAAUCAAACCUAAGCUACAAUAUGCGUGCCUUUAUUAUUCUAUGCUCCGUCAUCUCUGCGGCCUACGCUGCCAGUCUCGGCUACAACUAUGAGAUCAACAAUGGUCCAGCGCUCGGUGGUGGAUUAAGCCGUGGCCAAAUUAGUGGUUCCAGCUAUGGUGGUCAAGCUCUAGGCGGUCCCAGUUAUGGCGGUCAAGCUCUAGGUGGUCCAAAUUACGGCGGACAAUCUCUUGGUGGUCCAAGCUUUGUUGGUCAUGGUGCUGCUGGCCCAAGUUUCGGCAGCGUUGCACCCGCUGGUCCAAGCUACAGCGCACCCGUUGAGGUUAACAAGGAAUUCUUCACCUAUACUGCACCCGAACAUGAAUUCAAUGAUGCUGGUGAUGCUGGUGAUCUCACUAAAUCGCUGAAGAAAAACUUGCGUGUUAUCUUCAUUAAGGGACCUGAAAACUCUGGACUCGAGAAUGCCGCAAUACAAUUAGCUAAAUCGGCUGGAGAAGAACGCACUGCCAUCUAUGUACUCAGCAAACAAGCUGAUAUCGGCGAUUUGGCUAACAAAUUGCAGUCACUGAACCACCAAAGCGCCCACAAACCCGAAGUACACUUCGUCAAGUAUCGUACACCAGCCGAUGCUGAGAAUGCAAAACAAGCUAUUCAAUCGCAAUACGAAGGUUUAGGCGGUAACACUAGCAACCACAAUGGUGGUGUUGCACCAGUGUUGGACUUCGCCUCGAAGGCCCCUGCACCUGUUGCUCAGCAAUAUGGUGGCUCAGCAGUCGGUGGUGUGGAGAACACCUACCUGCCACCAAACAAAGUCUAAAUGCAUAAACGAUUUGUUAAAUAAGUGCGACACGCCGAUUCUGCCUCUAGUUAGGUUGUUGAAUAGUUUUUAAGCAAGUAUGUUCCUUAUUGAUUACAUAUAUAUUUGUACGUAGUUAAGUGACCGCAUAAAAAUCAUAAACCAAAAAUAUAAAAUUAAUUGUUAUAAUAUGACUUUAAGUACAAUACAAUUCGAAA